UUUAAUAAUCACUAAACAUCUUUUCGUAUAAAAGAAUUUGCUGUUUUAUGUUUAAUUUAAAAAAUGUAUAUCAUAAUUUUCCACAUCAAAAUAUUUUUUAAUAAUUAAGCCUUUUUGCAUUUUUAAUAUACAUAAUUAUAUUUUUCAAUGAGUCACAAUUUAUUAUAUUAUUAUUAGUUUUUUUUUCUAUAAAUUUCUGCAAAAAAAAAUUUAUACAUGAUGUUAAUGAUUUAUAAUAUAAAAAUAAAUAUAUUAUAAAUUAUUAAAUAUAUGUUUUAACAAAAUUAUUUAUGAUGUUAAAAAUAAUUUUUUUUAAUUAACAAUUAAAUUUUUUUAACCCAGUUUGGAUUAAAUUAAAAGCUGAUAUAAAAAAAUGAUAAAUGUAUGUACAUAUAUUUUUUUAAUUAAUGAUUUUAUAACCUACAUUAAUCAAAUUAAGAAAUGUUGUUAAAUAAUUUAAUAAUUCUUGUUGCGUCCACCAUAUAAUUAUUGAGUCGCACUCAAAACACUGAACAAUCUUUUCUAAUGCAAAAAGCAGGAUUACCAGGUUUUUGUUUGAAAAUCUUCCAAUAACUUUUUAAAAUAUUCGUUUCCGUAUAACUGAAAGCAGGUAAUUGUAAGACAAAGAGAAAUUCACAAAGACACUUUCCAGCAAAAUUAAGAAAAAAAUCCGUAAUAUACAUAGGUGUAUGCAUAUGUGUGUAUAACUAAAAACUAAAUAAAUUUUUUAACACAAGCAAAAACUUUAGCUACUUCUUAAGUUGUAUUUGUGUGUAUAUGUAAAAAAAAUGUACUCCAUACUGCCCUUUCCUUUAGCUUCAGUUACUUUUGCUCAGCCGCUUCAUAGUAAAAAUAAAUCUUAUUUAUUAAGCACAUAACGCAAGUAUUCCACGCGCCGCUGUAGUUUCAAUAGUCCAAUCAACGAUUUUCUCCAUUAAGAAACUGUAGUUUUCUAUUUUCGGCUUAGACUCUUGCGCACCACUCAAAAGUUAAAAAACCACAACACAAAUAAAUGACAAAAUGAAAAUUCGAACAUUUUUUAAGAGAGAGUUAUUUUAGGAAGCUAAUGCUUUUUUCAUAUAAUUUUCUGUUUAUUUUUUUUUUAUUUUUUAUUAAAAAAAUCAUUCAAAUUCUUAAGCUCAUUUUAUCAUUUAACAUUUUUGUACUACACUUACGAUAAUCUAUAUAUAUAUAUAUAUACAAAUAUUUAAACAUUAUUUUAAGUUAUAUAAAACGAACAAAGUAAAUCUGAAACAAAAAAUAUUCUGUGAGCAGAAAAUAACAACAUAAGCGUGGUAAAUGAAGGGAAAGAAACGCGUGAUCGUGUAUUUUUAUUUCCAAAAAAUAUACAAAUAAAUAAAUUAUAACAAAUUUAAACAAAACAUAUAUUUUUCAACACUUUUUUAGCCAAAAGAAAAUGUAAAAACCUUACAGCACAUCGAAAAGAAAAUAUCGAAAAGAUGUUAAAGUCUUAGCGAGCUAACAACGGAAUUUUCCACUUUAUUAUUAAAUUAUUGAUUAUUCCUUUUCCAAACAGAUUAUUUUCAGAGAAAAGCAGAACGAGAGAGAUUCGAUUUGACCACUUUAGACUUUAUUUUGUGGCUACACAAGUUAUUUUUGUUGUUGUAAAGGAAGAAUUCUGCAGGGUUGACAGUUCUUGGCCGGAUAAAAAUCCGGUUACGUAGACCCGACUGUCGUGAGAAUGAGUUAUUUUUGUCUCAUUCGACUGUGGAACUAUAAAAUUAACAUUUACAACGCCAACACAAUAAAAAAUAAAAUUAAUUAAUUUUCCCUAAAACAAUUAAAGAGAAUUUUAUUUACAACUUGGAGCUACUUGCCAGCAACAUGUGGAAUGGAGAAAUGUUGCUGAUCAACAAGUUGAUUAUACAAAUGACAGUUUUUAAUAUAUAGUUUACCCUGUACUACAAUUUUAAUUAUAUUCGCAACACCCUGUGCUACUUUAUUUACAAUGUAAUUGAUUGUAGCACUAACAAUCAAAAAUAAAGUUGAUUUUUAACAACAAAUUAUGAUAAAUGCGUAAUUCUACAAUAUUUUAAAAAAUAUAUUAGAUAUUAAAAUUGUUUAGAGCAUAUAGUUAUCGAUUUUUCAACCGAUAAAUCUCUCUCACGGCACAUAACAAGAAACAGCUGACCGCACUUUUAGCACGCUUAUUUUGUGGUAAACAGUUCACAUUGCAAUAAUUUUUGUGAAGUGAAUCGCAUAAAAUGGUACGAAAACUAAAAUACCAUGAGCAGAAAUUGCUUAAAAAAGUUGACUUCAUUACAUGGAAAGUAGAUAAUGGUGGAAAAGAAACAAAAAUUUUACGGCGCUAUCACAUACGCAAGCCAGCGGAUUAUACAAAAUACAACAAGUUAUCGCGUGAGAUACGCACGCUGUGUGAAAAAAUUGUCAACUUAGAAAAGUCAGAUCCUUUCAAAUCCGAAGCAGGUUCAAUGUUGCUACAGAAGCUAUAUGACAUGGGCUUAACGCGCAAUACUAUUGAUUUGACAGUUGCCAGCAAUGUGUCGGCGAGUAGUUUUUGUAGACGCCGUUUGCCGGUGGUGAUGGUGAAAAAUCGGCUUUCCCAAAAUCUCAAAAACGCGACAGAUCUCAUUGAGCAAGGACAUAUACGUGUGGGCCCCGAUAUGAUUACGGAUCCAGCAUUUUUAGUAACACGCAAUUUAGAAGAUUUCGUCACAUGGGUGGAUAGCUCCAAGAUUAAGCAGCACGUCCUCAAUUACAAUGAUGAACGUGAUGAUUUUGCUUUAGUUUAAAUUAUUUUUUAUUUUUAUUAUUAUGUUUUGCAAAAAGGAAUUUGUACGACUCGUUUUAAGUAAAUAAAAUAGUAUAUGAUGUGCCUAAAAAAAUUA